AUGGGGAAUAUGGAUUACGGAAUCGUUUUUUGUAAUUGUGUGAGGAAAUUACACUCCCCUCCCCUAUAUGUUUCAAGAAAAUUGACCAAACCUGUCGCUACUGCUGUUGUUGCUGUUACAGCAGAGCUCGUGAAGAAACCCCAUCGAUUCAGGCCAGGAAUGGUGGCUUUGAGGGAGAUCAAGAAGUAUCAAAAGAGUACUAAACUUCUUAUCUUGGUAGAGGCUUAUCUAGUUGGACUCUUUGAAGAGACAAACCUCUGUGCAAUUCAUGCGAAGAGGGUUACAAUUAUGCCCAAAGAUAUCCAACUUGCUCGUCGAUUAGGGGUGAGCGUGCUUAGAUGUGUAUCUGAAUGUUGUGGCAACCAACACCAGCGCUUGAUUUUCUGA